AUGCUUAAAAGAGUAGAUCCUUCGAAUCCUGUCUUGCAGGAAUGUGUAAAAACUUUUGAUUCUUCUAUUCCUACGGGAUUUUUAUUACCACGCGAAGCAAAGAAAUCUAAGAAGUCGAAGAAAGAUGAGCCUACUUCUCCUGCGAAGAAAGCGAAGGUUUCAACCUCAUCCAAAUCCACGACGCAGAAGCAAGAAAAUGUUGUUGUGACAAUCGAAGAAAGAUGUGGUGAUUCCUUCGAAAACAGGGAUUUUCGAAGAAUCAAGAUGAAAUCUAAGCACAAGCGCAAAUAUUCAUCUAAGAAACUGCUUCGCAAACCUCAACUUUCUCAUCAAGGAGUAAUGUUUCGUGAGGUUCAUGUUUCUGUUUCUCCUGCAUCCAAGAAAAGGGCAGCCGAAGAUAUGGCGAAACAUUUAUCUCAACCAACGAAGAAGAAGACGAAGAAGGCUAGGAAGAUUGUUUUAUCCAAUGAGUCUACUGAAGAGGAUGAACGAGUACCAGAUACUCCUGAAGUCACCUCUAUUCUUACAAGCUCAAUUCCAGAGACCACUGUCAUAUUCACCCCUGAAGUUUCGAUUGCCAAGUCACUUGUUGAGGAGGUUCGAACUUCAGGCUUGGGUGAAAAUGUUUCGAAGGAUGCAGCUCAAGGUUCAUUUAUCUCUACUCCUUUUGAAACAUUUGUUUCUGUUCCACCAACAUCAACCAUUCCUCCUACUUCAACUACUAUAUCUCCAACAUUUGAACACAUGCUCAAUCAACCAAUCACUUCCAUGUUCUCUUCUCAAUCCACUGAUACCCCCAAACCAACUUCACCUACUGAAAUUGAUCAUGAAGGGUUUGGAGGAACAUUCGAAGACUUGGAAUUUCAAGAUGACGAAGAAGAUUUCCCUGAUCACAUGCUCAUGACCAUGAAACAAUACAAGAUUUUGAAUCAAAAGUUGAACUCCAUUAUUCAAUCCCAAGCUGAUCUUGGAGGAGGUUCAUCAAUUUCUAGUUUGGAGGUUGAUUCAAUGCUAAAGAUGUGUGAGUCCAGAAUAAUUGCCAAAGUGUCAGGGAUGUUGAAGUCUUCUGAGACAGUGCUUAUGGAGAAGGUGGAUUAUUCAGAUCAAACAACUGAGCUACAUCUUAAAAAUCAACGAUCUGAUUUUCUGGGAGAAGUGAAAGAUUUAAGAAGUGUAGAAAAAGAACGACAUGUUCUUUUUUUUCAGGAGGUGAAGAAGGUUAGAGAAGAUAUGAAUUCAAAAAUUCAACAGCUUCAUGAAGAGAUGAACAAAGAAAUUAUAUCUGUUCAACAUGAUUAUGCAUCCUUACACCAGAAGGUCGAUAUGAUAUGUGAUGCAGUGACAAAGUUCGUUAAAAUGUAUGAAGGUUUGGGUCCACAAAUUGCUUAA